AUUCACUAUUCGUACACCUAAUACCCGUCUACGCGUACUCUGAAUAGUCAACACGCUUUCUCUUUGAUCACACGCCACUUCAAAUUAAACCAUUUCACUUCAUGACAACUAUGGAUUGCGUAAUCGCUCUUCCAUUGCUCCUCAGCCUCUUCAUCACAUCUAGCUACGCCAUCAACUUUGAAAUUCUAAACAACUGCCCCUUCACCGUAUGGGCGGCAACAAGGCCCGUCGGCGGCGGCCAACCGCUCGACCACGGCGGAAUUUGGAACAUCAACAUGCCACUCGGCACGACGCGAGGACGAAUAUGGGGCCGCACAAAUUGCGAAUUUGAUGGAAGCGGGGAAGGUACAUGUCAGACAGGUGAUUGCGGUGGGACGAUGACGUGCACUAUGGGUGGAAAACCGCCAUACACCAUGGCCGAGUUCACCAUAGACCAAGCCAACAAUAUGGACUUCUUCGAUAUCUCGCUCGUUGAUGGAUUCAACAUUCCCAUGAGUUUCACCCCCACCAACGCCACUGACAAGUGCCAAUCUAUCUCAUGCACAGCUGAUAUCGUCGGCCAAUGCCCCGCCGCUCUCAGGGAUCCCGGAGGAUGUAACAACCCUUGCACCACCUUUGGAACGCAGGAAUAUUGCUGCACCAAUGGACCAUGUGGUCCUACAGAUUAUUCAAGGUUUUUCAAAACCAGAUGCCCUGAUGCUUAUAGUUACCCUCUGGAUGAUGCCACCAGCACUUCCUCUUGCAAUGGAGGAACCACUGAUUACAGUAUUGUCUUCUGCCCAUGAAUUAAUCAAGUAGAGAUUUUAUUGUGGAGGUAUUAAUAUAAUGCCUCAUGAUGUUAAUUAAGAAUAAAGAUUUCAUAUUCUUCAUUUAUACAUUCACAUGUACAAGGAAUUUCUUUUAAUUAAUUGUAUUUGUUAGUUUAGUUACAGUUAUAUCAUCACAAACUUAAUUAGCUUAA